AUUUGAAACAAAUCUGUGUUCAUGAAAAAUGACUGCAUUCAAACCACAGUAUGUCAAGAAAGAAAAAAAGAUCCAAUAGAAAUGUUUCAUUCUGGGCAGCUGGUAAAAGUCUCUGCCCCAAUGGUUCGAUAUUCAAAGUUGGCUUUUAGAACACUAGUAAGAAAAUACAGUUGUGAUCUGUGCUAUACACCAAUGAUAGUUGCUGCUGAUUUUGUCAGAUCUGUAAAAGCCAGAGACAGUGAAUUUACCACAAACAAAGGUGAUUGCCCAUUGAUUGUUCAGUUUGCUGCUAAUGAUGCAAGACUUUUAUCAGAUGCUGCUCGUAUUGUUUGUCCUUAUGCGAAUGGAAUAGACAUUAACUGUGGUUGCCCUCAGAGGUGGGCAAUGGCAGAUGGUUAUGGAGCUUGCUUAAUAAACAAGCCAGAGCUUAUUCAAGAUAUGGUGAAACAAGUAAGAAAUCAAGUGGAAAAUCCCAGAUUUUCAGUAUCUAUUAAAAUAAGGUGUGAAGAGAAAAAAAUGACACUCCAGUGGACGGCAGUUGCAACCUUUCUUUAUGCUGAAAUAGGACUCAUUUUAAUCUUCUGUCUACCUUUUAUUCCUCCUCAGAGAUGGCAGAAGAUUUUUUCAUUUAAUGUCUGGGGUAAAAUCGCAACAUUUUGGAACAAGGCUUUUCUUACUAUUAUAGUCCUAUUGAUUGUUUUGUUUCUGGAUGCUGUAAGAGAAGUGAGGAAAUAUUCUUCUACUAGUGUCAUUGAAAAGAGCUCACCCAGUAGACCCGGAGCUCAUGAACAUACCCAGAUGAAACUUUUUAGGUCUCAAAGAAAUCUUUACAUUUCUGGAUUUUCAUUAUUUUUUUGGCUAGUGUUGAGACGUCUGGUUACCCUUAUUACUCAACUGGCAAAAGAACUGGCAAACAAAGGAGUACUUAAAACUCAAGCAGAAAAUAUUAACGAGGCUGCCAAAAAAUUCAUGAAAGAGAAUGAAAAACUAAAACGGCUCUUGAAAAGCUAUAACAAGGAAGAGGAACAUGUUUUGGAAGCAAAAAAUAAAAAACUGGUAGAAGACCAAGAAAAACUGAAAACUGAAUUAGAGAAGACUUCAGAUGUGUUCCUGUUGAGAAAUCAGCUGACAGCCUUGUGGGAGCUCCUUUCCCUUUCUAAGGCACAAAAUGACAUGAUGACAAUGAAGAUACAAUCAGAGAAUCUUUCAAAAGAAUACGACAGACUCCUAAAAGAACACUCAGAACUUCAGAAUCGUUUAUGGAAAGGCAACAAGAAAAGCCUGUGAAUUGUAUGAAAGAAGGUCGUGAUGCACCAAGUCAAGAUGAUAAAUUUGUUAUCAUGUUAGCCUCUAGAAAAUUUAAAAUUCAGUUCAGAAAAAUGUACUAUGACUGGCCAGUAUUUUUU